AUGCAAGGAAGUAAUAAGCGAGCACAUGUUGAUCCUUAUCAACAUGAAUUGGACAGCUUAAAAGAGGGGGAAGCGCUGAUGGGAAAUAUAUUGGCCAGUGUCAUUGUCUCUCCGGAAAUGCAAUCAUAUGCUAAGGGGGAUAACGUAACUUUACAUAACAAGAGUGUGGAGAAGUCCUUGACUUUCCCACCACAAGAUUCAGCUAAUGUGAGUGGUUAUGAUCAUGUCAUCGAAGCCCUUAGCGGCAUGGAGGUAAAGAUUGGUGUCGAUGCUGAGGAUGAUCUCUUUGAUGAAGGACUGAAGGAGUUGGAAGCUAAAUCGAAGUCUAGUAUGGCAGCUGGCGCCUCAAAGGUUAAGGGAAGUACUAAAGUACCAUCGUCGUGGCUCUCCUCGCUUACGGUCGCUUAUAUCAUCAUCGCACAAGUCACAUGGAGAGAAGGAUAA